ACCCCAGAACCAGAUGUGUGGGGCGGGUGCAACCAGAUGGACUCUCACCAGACUGUGACUGCCACACUUCAAUGACUUGAAUCUGAAGGGGAAUCACCAGGGCAGGGACAGAGGAGGAAAAAAAGGAAUGGGACGGGCGAGGGCGUGUUGGAUCAGCGUUCACAAAAGCACCAGCAAAACCCGUGACACACAUUGUGGCCACUUGCUCUUCACCUCCACACGAGGCCGACGAGACCGUGGUGUGGCAGGACGUGUUCUGAUUCAUUUCACUUUCGUCUGGCCCCAUGGAGGGACUCGAAGAGCCGAAAUUUGCCCUGAGGGGCCUGAAUGAAAGGCUGAAGGGGUUUCUGGAGCAUGUGAAUCAGUUGGAACGGACCAACCGCGAACUGGAGGAGCAGAUUGGAGAGUGGAGAUUGAGGAACGUCGCUGUGUGGCGGGACUGGAGCGACAAGGAGGCGCUGACACAGGAACUGCAAGCUCAGGUUAGGAUGAUCAUAAGGGAAAAUGCAGAAGUCUUGUUACAAUCCGAUGCAAUGAAACUCAGGGCUGCACAUUUAAAGACCAGGUGUGAAACCGAGAAGAAACUCCGUCUCUUAAAGGAGCAGGAGGUGUCCCAGCUGAAGAUAAAGAAGAUCGAGAUGGAAACAUCCAGCGGUCUCCUGGAAAAGCAGCUUUGUGAAUACCGAAAUGAGUUCCAGCAGGUCGUGGAGGAACAUGAGCACCAGCGGCGAGCGGUAGAGGAGUGUGAUAGAGUGCUAGCGCAGGUUGUUGCAGGAGAGGAUGGCAGAGGAAUGGAUCUCUCCCGGACCAGCACCCAGUGCGACCACUUCAGCCUGGCCCAGAGCAGCCCUGACUCAGCCACACCACCAAAUCCAGCCCCAGGCUCUGGUCCUGCUUCACAGAGAAGGCCCCAAAAGGAUGCAACCAACCCCACAGCUGCGUUUCUGCCACAGGUGAGAGCCGGUGACGAGGCCAUGAAAGAGGCACGAGCCGAACUCACGGAGGCCCGAAAGAGAUGGCACCGUCUACAAGUGGAAAUUGAAUCGUUACAUGCCUUGGAAAGGAGUCUCCAUAGCUCCCUACACCACACUCAGCUCCAGUACUCUGUGCAGCUCAAGGAUCUGUCUCGGUCUGUGUGGAGUUUGGAGUCUGAGCUAGAAACUGUGCGGGAUGGUCUGGAAAUCCAGAAACAGAACCAUACCCAGCUCCUCAACACCAAGAUGAGGCUGGAGAGAGAGAUUGCAACGUACAGGAAACUCCUGGAACACGAGGAGGGCAGGUUUCUGAACACAGAUGGUCGGCCUCUAAAGCUGAAGCCAUGGAAGGGGUCCGUUCCUAAUUCAGAGCAGAACGGCCUGCCCAACGGAUGUGACGAGGAAAUCGCUGAGCCGUUCUUCACUGAGAGGACUCCAAAAAUAAGCCCGGGCCUUCAGGGACAGCAGAGUCUUGUCAUCCUCACAGAACCAGUCUUAAACAAAAAUGGGGAGAUCUGUACUGUGAAGACUCAGGAGAUUCUGGAAGGAAAUGUAGUGAGGGAGAGCGCCGAGGGUCACGGAAAUGUGGAGACAGAGAAGAUUGACAAGGUCAUCAGGCAAUGGGAAGGGUCAUUCUUUAAAGGAAAUCCCAAGCUGAGGAAGAAAUCCGUGUCUCUGCGUUUCAACCUUCAUAUGGCUGUAGCGGAUGAGGGUUGCAGCCACAUAAAACAGGACAGUCUCCCUAACGUGGAGGUCCGUCUGGUCAUGAGACGGUCUCGCAGCAUACCCACUUUUGCCCAGUGUAAUGCUACUACAUCACAACUGUGACCUACAGCAUUACAGUUGAGUAGUGGACACCACGUCUCAAUGUCACGGCGGCUAAUAAAAGCAAAUCACUUUAGUGACGUCAUACAACUUUUGCCAUUUGAAAGAAAAAAGCAUCACAUCAUCAGUAAAGCGUUUAAAAAACAAAACAACUCAAAUAGCUUUUACGAUUGUCAUGAACUCAUGCAGAUAAAGCUACUUUAAGAUAUGUCAAGACAAAUUAAUUUGUAGUUGAUUUACUUUACUUUGAACUUGAUGAAUGGGAGUACGAACGUCUCGCGGUAUUUCAGAUUUCGUACAUUGCGACACUCUCUGUGGACGCUCUACUGCUACAUUAUUAGCACAUAAUACAGUACUAAAAACCUAUAAAAACUAUUGGUUUGAUAAAACAUAAAAUAUAUAUAGUUUAUACAUCUAAAGAGCUGAAUCUUCUGUCUCAGUGAGUAAAGGUCAAUGUGGAUAUAGAGAUUUCACAUUCAGUGCAGCACAACAAAAGACGCCUUAUUGCAUUUGACAAAUGUUACGGAACUAAUUUAACACUCCGGUGAACGCUUAGGAGGUAUUAAGUUCUGGUUGUGCAGGAGACUGUAGUGUGAACAUAAAUAAAAUAUUGAGAAAUUUGCAAAAAUUAGCAGCCAAAACAAGUGAUUUAUGGUGAAACCUCACGAUAUUUCCUGCAUGGAUGUGUACUGAAUGACUAGCAGUCUGUCACUGCAGAGAGAAGGAGAUGCUAAAAGUGAAAUGUUGACUAUGAUCUUCUCUAUUGCUUACACUUGCCUAUAAAAGUUAUAUUGCAUGCAUAUAUAGUUUAUGCUUCAUUUAAAGUGCACAUACUGUGUUUUCCAAACAAAUAUGAUGCAAGAUUGUUCAGAAAACUUGAUCAUACCUCAACAACCAAUUUUGCAUUUCUCAUCUACACGUGUUAAUCAUUUAAACUGAUUUAUUUACAUACCCAUUACGUUCUACCUCUGAUGGUUGUUGUACUGUAAAUACAUUGGGUUCUUCCUGAUGCAACAAAGAAAUGGAUACAUAUGCGUAUAAUUUAAUUUAAAGUUAUAUUAAAUCUUAUUAAAAUCUAUAUCCCUGAAAUAUGAAUAUAUGUAUUAGUUACUGCUUUAGUUUCUUAUGUAAUGCACAAUCUAGUGCCAUACAGGAGGAUAAUGUUUGGCGUUUCGUCUUCUAUCCAUGGGAUUGUAACUCACUCUAAGAAAUGUGAAGGGAAAUUACACCAUAUGCAUUGUUAAAAUUGCCAAUUUCAUAUGCACUUUAAUGGAUUAAAAUCAAAACAUUGCUAACUUUC